AUGAAAGCAGUUAUCAAAAUCUUUAAGAAAAAAUCCACAUAUGAGAGAUUAAAGUACAUAAUAUAUCACGGAGAAACCUCACGACGAAGUCAAGAGCCUCGAUUCGAACUCGGGUACCCGGGCUACCAGCUACUGUGCAUUUCAGCUUUAAGAGCGAGACAGCAAAACAAAAGAGGACCGCGUGUGAGUGAGACAGAUAGAGAUGCGCGCACGCAGCACAGUCUGUUCGGACUAGAAACUUACGAUCGUAUAAAUUUAUACACCGGAGUGGCUGGAAAAGUAACAGUUAGGUUUAAAAGACAACGAAAAUAG